AUGGCUUAUCCAACAUGGCCGCCGCCACCUCCUCCACGCUGUCCUCCUCCGCCGCCACCUCCUCCACGCUGUCCUCCUCCGCCUCCUUGUGACUGCUACUGCCCUUCUCCUCCUCCGCCGCCACCGCGUCCUCCACCGCCGCCGAUUCUACCUCCGCCGCCACCUCCUCCUCUGCCACCUCCUCCGCCGCCUUCCGGCCAUACAGUGUACAUAGCAGUGUUCGUUUCCCUUGGCGGGCUUUUCUUCCUGGCGUUCCUAGCAGCGGGGCUCCUCUUUGUAGCUUACAAGAAGAGGAAGGAAAGGCACGACCCUGGUUCGGAUCAUGUUUCAGAGACAUGUAUCGAGGAAGAGGAACACCGUCACGUGGAAGAGGUCAUCACGACCGGACCGUGCGGCGAACAAACGGUGACGGUGACCGUUGACGAGGAUGUAAGGAUCCAUGAGAUUGUUGAAAGCGAAGACAUCAAUCGAGGUCAUUUGAGUAACGGAUGA